GCAUCCCAAUCCGGAUCCUGAGUGUGUGCACAUGCGCGCGAGAUUGUCGGUAUCCGUCGCCGAUUUCUCUUGUCUUCUGUUUUAAUAUGGAUCGGGAGACUGCGCUUCGCUUAGAAGUUCACGAUGAUAUCUCCAAAUGGACAAUCUGGGGGGCUUUCCCUCUUCCCCAACACGUCGAGGUCGCCGUCCCGAAUGCCAGCACCCCGACCGCGAGCAAACACACCACAAUCUCCGUAUCGAGGACAAGCCAUACCUCUAGAGACGACUCCGCCGCAGAAUGGCCGGCGCACACCAGAUAACCUCUCUGAAUUCGUCAUCGACGGGACGCCACCUCGGGCCCACGAUUUGCAAUGGUCUUCCAAUAAUCCGUACUACCAAACCCAAGCAGGGCCGUCGGUGUCGAGACCAGUCCCGGUAGCAGAGCUUCCACCCCGCGCGGAAACGGCCUUCUCGGGGACGAGCACUCUGGUGAGAAGCGAUAGUGGUCGAUCACGAAAUUCGAUCGCCAAGAGACCCAUUGAAGAGCCUGGGCCAUCUACAGAGGCGCCGGAACCAGCUAUCCGUUCGAUAUUCCCCCAGUACGACCACAGUUUACCGUUUGACCGCCAGGAGUACUAUCCAACACAGGCCAGCCCGACUCACAUCCCGAGGACCGUCAUCAGCAGACAGUCUCAUGUCCCUGAAUGUCGGAGUCCGCCUAUUCGAAGCCCCCUAAGGAGCCCGCUUAGUGCAGGUUCUGCACAACAGUGGCCGCGACGACCUCAAGACCCUCCCACUAUCCCUCAUAUCAGCACAACAGAAGAUCUGCGAGACUACUGGAAAGUCGCAAAUGGGUGGAAGGCCUCCGCGGUAGAAGGCCGGACUUUCUGCAUGAAAUUGCUACCGGAGAGAGACACCCCGAUCUAUACUCUGACGUCCUCCACAGCGCAACCGCUUUAUCACAUGCGGAUAGACCCCACGUCGGCGUCAGCAUAUGUAACGCUGAGUCGACAUGAUCCAAGCAAGCCUUGUAAGGAAAGGGACCCAGCUGCAAACGCGAGGGCUUCGACUGGGUUCCUGGGGGCCCUCCGGGAAGCAGAAGCUAAGCCGUGGCAAGAAGCCUUAACUACCACUCUAGAAGAGCCAUCACGUCGUCUCCCCCCGAACGACGGCUUAGUCGCGCUAUUAUAUCCCAGUGCAGCCGCUAAGGUCGCGUUGGAAAGGUCAGACGAUAUGCAAGCGGUGAUGGCGGCCGAACGCGAGUGUGCGCGGCUGGUCUGGGAUGAGGAUAGCAAGAACUACUUUCUCGUGCACCCGGCCCUAGCGUCGCCUUUUUGCGUAACGAUAGAGCGCAAUUCGGCGUGGAGCCGCACUGAAUACGCCGUGGAGCACAUCGAAUCACCCCACCACAUCGCCAAACUCACGCGAGACGGCACGGGCGAAGGCUGGAUCGAGAUCGAUACCCUCGUGGCAGGACGCGUCGAUAGCUAUUACAUCCUCGACGCCGCCGUGUGCGCACUACUGCUCGUUGCCAACAUCGACGAGAAGAACGUGCUCGUCGAGCACUUCGAGCCGCCGCCUGUGGCGCAUCUACGUAGCUCGGGCUCUCAUAGUGACUUCCGGCGGAGCACAAGCCGGCUCAGCAGCUUGAUCCUGAACAAGAAGAACAGUGGCAGCGGCAAGAAGCGGGGCCGCCUAGAGGAGCUCGAGCUCGACCUCGAGAGCCAGGCCAGCAGCCUCGGCGGCAAGUUUGGCCUCAAAGACAAGGACAAGCAGCGGUUACCGGGGCCAACCCGCGCAGCCGUCAGCCUGUUGAGCUUCGGGUUCAAGUGCGUCAUAUGGGUGCUGACGCUCACAUUCAAAGCCGUCAAGGCUAUCAUAGUCGGCUUGAGCAAGUGUCUGACUAGCGACAAGCUCUGACAGAAAGGUGCGAGGCCAAAGGAUGGACGUCAGAAAGAGGGAGAGGACGUGGGAGCUUUUAAGGAUCUCGGGAAAUAUCGAGCGGGAGUUAUGGAAUAGAUACCCCCAUUAUCUAUCAUAUUGGCCCAGUGUCGGCGUUAUAUCUAUGUAUUAACGGGACGGGCGAAUAUUUUCCUCUUCUACCUAGGGCGUAAUCGAGGUCGCGCGGGGCGGCGGACCUAGCGAAGCGCGCAAGCGGA